AUGUCAUUCGAGCGGUUGGACGUGUUACACGUGCCACCACUUGCUCCUCUCAACCUGGAUUCAACAAAGCUGCGCGAUCAGCUCGUCUCCUCAACAUUCCUUUCCUCAUCACCGAUCGCUUCAUUUAGCACGCUCCGUGUCGAACCACUACAUCUCGAUCGUCGGCCAGGAUUGGACCCAGUGCUCGACUCAUUCACCAGACGAGACAUUACUUAUCAGUACGAGGACGAGCAAGCAAACUCAAAAGCCCAGCCGUCGCCGUUCCCGACCCUCGACCGUCUCUCUAAUAGCGAUGUCGACAUUGUCUCUUCUCCCGGAACAUCAAAACGUCCCCUACGCAGAUCUGUGUCUAGUUCGAGUUCGGACACGCUCGACUCUUCCAUUUGGGACGAUGACUCUCAACAGCCUGCUCAACCCGCGACGGUCAAGUUCAGAGGCUCGUCCGCUAAGCAGCGAGUGCUAGACCUCGCCCUUGGAGAAGGCACCAGCACGCAUCCAAGGACAACACUGCUCGAAGCGAUCCACGAGAGAGCUAUCAACGAACCAGAACAAUCUGCAGACCAGCAUCUGGCUCCCGUGCAUCCGUCCCACCAAGUAUUACGCUCGCUCGUCGUCACAGCCACGACAGGCACGUCAUCCGACCACUUUCAAUGGCAUCCGGACACAGCAUCCUUCGUCUGGUCUGCGACGCUGCAGCACCGCAAAGAAGUGCGUCGACUACGCAAACUCGUCAAAGAGCAAUCCGCACUCAACGCCUCGCUCACUGCUGCGGGCGAACACGUCGACGAGCAGCCGCCACUUCCAACAGCAAUGCUGAAACCAUGGAUCGGCUCAGAACGCAUCAUGGGCUGGAGCGAAGCUGCAUCAGACAGCAUCGUCCGUCCUUUCCUCGACAUUGGCGCGCUCUUGCGUCGUAUCGAUGACCGCAUUCUUACCAUCCAUCGCUCUGCAGCUGGACUUUGCAACGAAGCUCCUGCUCUAGUAGCCGCACUCGAUGUCGUCGUAACGUGGUUCAAGGGCCAACUCACAUCUCAAACUUCCACCCUCACAAGCCGCAUCACGUCGCACCAUACCACCUCACUGGCUAUGUUGAAUGCGUACGCAGAGCUCGAACCGUGCUAUGCUGUUCUCAAGACGCUCGGCAAUCUCCUUUCCUGUGGCCAGCCUCGAUUUCCACCCUUCCGCCCGCUGACAUGGUUAGGGUCGACGCAUGCGACCCUUUCGCAUCUGCAUGCGCAUCUUGCUGCUUCGCUUGCGUCUGGUGCCGAUGCAUUGCCUUCGGCGGUGCUGGCGUAUUUGUUGGAUCGAACGAGUUUGACUUGGCGUCAACAGGUGGCGAGAUGGAUUGGCUUUCCUGGAUUCCAGUCUGACCGGACUGGAGAGCUGGAUGACAGACCUGCAGCGCUCAAAGCUGGAUCGAACUCAAGUGGUGCUAACAUCUCUAUACCCUGGAGUGGCGCACUGGUGGACUGGUCAUUGGAUGAAAGGGGAGAAGAGGAUGUAGGAUAUACGUUGAAGCCCUCUGCAGUGCCCAGCUUUUUGGCUUUCCGACAUGCGAGAGCGUUUUUGGAGGCAGGUAGGGCGUUGAGGUUGCUCAAAAAGGCUGCUCCGGAAGAUCAUCCGCUUGUGAGCCAGUGGUCUUUGCGGGUAGAAGAGAGCAAAAGGAAGGCUGUGGAGUUGCCGACUUGGACGUGGUCCUCUCCAGAGAGCCGCGAGCAGGUGAAUGCGGUCGAGGAGCACAUUACGCAGUUCAAGCGUGAGAUUGCUAGGUGGAGAAGGCGGGGGCGGAAAGUAAGCGGUGUUGGGGUAGGCGUGGAUGGUUCGCCUCUCAGCUCCAGCGUCUUACUCGAUCAUCAACCAAGUGCUGCUGCUGCGACAAUCUCACAGACAGCAACGAUCAACAGUAUGGAGCCGGCCACUUCGACCCAAGAUCAGUUCGAACGAAUGUCGCAGCUUUUCACUGCUCUACCCGGCAUCACCGACCCCACAGAUUCUGCUUCAGCACUCCCAGACCUGCAACCUAAGCCGACAUUCGACACCAGCACUCCUCCAACUGACGACGAGCAGUCCUCUCUGCUCAUCUACCUCGCCACCGCCGCGUGCGCUUCCAACACCUCGCAUUCCAUCUCUCAGAACUCAUUCGACAGAGUAACCCAAUCCAGCCUCGUUGCACCAUUUGAAUCCUGGGCACGGCUCAUCAACAUGUCCCUCAUCAGCGUCUUUUUCCAAGACCUCGGUCUGGGAACCUACCUGGAGACCUGCAAGCGGUUCCUCCUCCUCGGAAGCAUUCAUUUCGAACGUCAAGUCGUCUCUAGCUUGUUCGAUGUAGAUCAUGGGUCCGCGCUCGAAGACGGCGCCGGCGAGGGUGGCGGUGGGAAAGCAGUAGUAGCAAUGAACCGACGCUUAACAGCAGAAGGAGUCUGGCCACCAAACGACUCGCUUCUCUCUUCCGCAUUAAACACAGCCGUCAUUGAGACAGUCUCAGGUAUGCGUCAGGCUCAUGAAGAUCGCCUCUCUCGCACCAGUAGCGGAUCUGUUCGAGCAAAGGAAGACGCGGUGUCACUUGCAUUUAAAGACCUAGACGAGCGAUUAUCAUUCGCCAUCGUCGAACCGCGAUCUGCUUCCACUCGCACUGCCCAAAACAAAGGCGGGAAGAAAGGAAAAGCAACAUAUACAGACCCAUCUUCAAUCGACGCGCUAGACUGGCUCACUUUAUCCUUCCACCCUCCCGCCCUCAUCUCUCCGCUACUCACGCAGGUGGCGCAAUCACGGUAUCAGCGAUUAUGGAAUUUGUUGUUGAGGAUUAAAAGGUGUAAAGUGGCAAUGCGUACAGCAUUCAACUGUACCUUUAAAUCCACCUCGGCUGCUUUGACAUUUGAUGGCAGGAGUAGGGCGCUGAUGGAGAGGUUCCGAUGGGAAGCAGCUUGUUUUUUGGAUACUUGGGGUGCAUUUGUAAAUGAAGUGGGGAUAGAGGCAAAUUGGCUUGGGUUUAUGCGGAGGUUGGAGAGAGUUAAGAUGGAGGUUGGUGAGGAACUUAUCUCUGCCGCCUCCCCUGCUGACCCUUAUGCAAAAAGGGAGGGAGGGGAAGGGGAGGAAGGGGAUGCAGACCUAAACGAAGAACCGCUAGAAGAGGAAGAACGAACAGCACUCUCCACCUGCUCUUUGGAACUAAAAGACGUCUUCUCUCUCGCUCGAUAUCACGAACGAAUCCUCGACCGUAUGCUUUCAACUUGUUUCCUCAAAACAACACAAUCCCCCCUCCUCGCCAUCAUUAACUCGCUCCUCCAAUCCAUCCUCGACUUCACGCAACUCUGCGUCGAUCUUCAGAGGUGCGCACACCGGAAGAUCGAACAAGCGACCUACAAGGACUUGCAUAACCUGCAUCGCUAUUUCCAAAAGCGGAUCCAAACCCUAAUCCAAGCGCUCCUUCUACUCAAGGAUAGAAAUGCAUCAUCUUCUACUCAUCCGGAUAGCCAACCAAGCGGAGAAAGGGAAGGGGAAGGCUGGAGCAAGAGGAAAAAACAUGUAGAAGUGGAAAAACAGCGGAUGGCGCAAGAGGAGUUGCAAGAUUUGAAAAUCUUGGAUGCUGAUUCUGCUGAUUUUUUCGCUAGGAGCGCUGCCGAAGGUGGGGAAGGCGGGGUGGAGAGUGUGGAGAUGUUGUUGAUUAGGUUGAAUGCUAGUGGCUUUUAUGCCGAGUUGGAAUGA